UGUGUUGUCAUAGGUGGUGAGAGUGAAGAAGAAAUUAUCAGAAUGGAUAUGCUUGAGAACCAUGUCAUGGAUUUCCGCCUGACUUUUGGAAGAAUGUGCUACAGCCCAGAUUUUGAAAAACUGAAGCCUGAGUACUUGGAGCAGCUACCAGCAAAACUGAAGCUGUUCUCGCAGUUUUUGGGAGACAGGAAAUGGUUUGCAGGAAAGAAGCUCACCUAUGUGGAUUUUGUUGCAUAUGAUGUCUUGGAUCAGCAACGGAUGUUUGAACCAAAAUGCUUGGAUCAGUUCACAAAUCUGAAGGGUUUUCUUGACCGCUUUGAGGCUUUGGAGAACAUUUCUGUCUACAUGAAAUCCAGCCGUUUCAUGAAAUCACCCAUUUUCUGGAGAAUUGCCAAGUGGUGCAAUGAAAAACAGUAGAGGUGGCAACAGCUGGCAGUGGAUGAUGAUAUAUGCUAUAAUAUCAACACAGACAACUGUAUUAUGUGGCGCCUGUAAUAGCUGAAAUGCUUAAGAUUCCAAGAUACCAGCUAAUAAAAGCCUUUAGUUGCUAA